ACUCUGACAGCCAGCCAGUCAGCUGCUGUAGAAAAGUUUUGAUAGUGUCACAGCUCGUCUCCUUCGUGUUUGGUAAAUGUCGCAUCGCUUCCGAAACACAUUUCCUGCGAAGGUUUUUUUUUUUCUUUUCUCUUCCGUCUAAUUCAGCGGUCUCUAACUUGUGACUCUAUUCGGUUAAUAACGUAUUAACUAUUUGUAAAACAUUUAUAAAACAUAAGUGUCGUGACUUGGAUCAACUUUUGGGAUGAGUUUAAACGAGCACUCCAUGCAGGCUCUGUCGUGGAGGAAACUCUACUUGAGUCGAGCUAAACUGAAAGCCACCAGCCGGACUUCAGCUCUGUUGUCUGGGUUUGCGAUGGUUGCCAUGGUGGAGGUACAGCUGGAGCGGGAUUUUACGUACCCCCCCGGGCUGCUGAUAGCCUUCAGCGCCUGCACCACUGUUCUUGUUGCGGUUCACCUCUUCGCCCUCAUGAUCAGCACCUGCAUCCUGCCAAAUCUCGAGGCGGUCAGCAACGUUCACAACCUCAACUCUGUCAAUGAGUCUCCCCAUGAGCGCAUGCAUCACCACAUAGAGCUGGCCUGGGCCUUCUCCACGGUCAUCGGCACCCUCCUCUUUCUCACCGAGGUGAUGCUCCUGUGCUGGGUCAAGUUCUUGCCCCUCAAAAGCAACACGGAAGACAAAAACAACACCAUAAGCUCUGGUCAGGCUGCAGCCAUCGCCUCCACCUGCAUCAUGGUGCCCUUUGGGAUCGUUUUCAUCAUGUUCGCUGUGCACUUUUACCGCACGCUCGUCAGUCACAAAACGGACCGUCAGAUCCGAGAGCUGGAGCAAGUCAUCCGGCUGCAGAACCAGCUCGAUCACCGGACCGAGAACGAAGACCUGAAGUCUUCUGUCCAUUUCCCUUGAUAAGAGCCAAUGAGAAUAUAACUGCAGCUGACAUUGAGCAAGGGUUUUCUCCGGAAAUCUCUUUUUACUGUAAAGCUUUAUUUUUUAAUGUCUAUGGACUGGGCUUAUUUUUUUAAUUUGAAAGCGUCAUAUGUGGAGUGUUACAGUUUUCAAACCAAUGCUUGGAUGGUGCAUGUUUAGGAAGUAGUUUACCUUUUUCCUGAAGGUACAUCUUUUGCUCUCAGGCAUUUGUAUUUUAGUGGUUUUAAUGGUGGCAUAUCAUGACACUUGGGAAAAUCUGUGUCACUUGUGAACCUGAGGACAUCCCAUCAGAUCAAAACAGUGACAAUGAUUAAGUGACAGCAUGCUUCUUCCACACAAAAGAACAGAGCUGGUUUAAAUGCCCUCUGUCUGUGAGGUGAAAUAUUUUCAGAAUGUGAAGGCUGAAUUUUCUUUUUUUGAUGGAGGUUAACUAUUGAACUUAGCUCCAUUGCAACCUCAUGUUGAAACGUUCAUACGGUUGAUAAACUUGGUGUCUCUAGUUGUCACAUGUACCUGGCUUCAGAUGAGGCUUUGAAUGGAGCUGAACCAAGCCUUAAUUAUCAAUACAUUAUUCAAUGAUCUUGUUUUAAUAUCAUCAGAAAGGCUAUGCAUGCUGUAAACCCAAAAUGUGUUAUUGCACUGAAGCGUUUCUUAGUGACUUUUCUUUUUUACGUAGCUCUUAACGGUUGGUUUUGGUCUAUCAAAUGUUUACAUUCAAUUUCCCUCACCUAGAUUUCCAGUCCUCUGAAAACUCAAUAUAUCUUCCUCUAUUUCUGUUGUCCUCCAUUUUUUAUUAUUUAUAGUAAGGGAGAAUUAGUUAGGUUGUUGUUUUAUGUGUUUGAGAUUCAUUUUCUUCCUUCAGAGGAGUCAUCUUCUCAUGAAAUCAAUCUUGGGUAAAAAAAAGAGAUCUCUGCUACAUUUCCCAUUGCUUUUUUAAUUCUACUAUCCGCUUACGUAUAAAAUAGUUACUGGCUUUGUACUCCUAGAGCGUUAGUAUAAAGCACUCACGUAUUGAAACACUUGUGCUUUGUACUUUUUGUAGAUCACGGGUCACAGCAUGUUGACAUGUUGUUUAGGUUACACAUUUUGAGGCCCAAAGAUGUUUAAGUGUGAAGUUUGGUUUGUUCUUUUUGUCCUGUGGUACAUUGCUGAGUUUGUUUGCAUGUGUUUGCUUUGAGAAACGAUUCUUUACAUAGGUACAAACAUGUCACAGUGUUAUGAUGACAGCAUAUUCUUAUUGAUAUAUAGGCUACCAUCCUUUAAUAAACUCUUUAAAUACUGUAUGUUAAACCUGUCACUACACCUGAGAAUGUAUACAUUCUGUUCAUCAUUAAUCAGGUCAUUAAACACACAGUAUAUCUAUUCUAAACUGUAUUUAAAUGAUGGAGAUGCUGUGGUCAUUAUUGCAAUAUUAUUUGUUUACCGUCCACAUACAUGAAUCUUAUACUGUGUCAUUGUUAUGUUACAGACUCCAAACUAUGUAUUCAGGUUGUACAUGAACAAUGGUUAUAUCUUUGACAAGCCAUCAUUUUAAAGGAUUUUUACUGUUGCUCCAAAGUGCUGUUUUUGGUUUUUCUAAAGCGAUAACAUUUUUUAAAAACAAAGAAUAAAUUAGUGUCAGCCUUGUUUUCGUCACCUGCUCACACUCUGGGACUCUUCUCAUGUGAACUGCCACUUCAACCGUUCAGCACAGAUAAGUGCAAAAGAGGGGACAUGUUUCUUUGUUUCACCUUUGCUGUGUAUUUAUUUAAUCCAGUGUUGUGUUACUUUGUAUAGAGAAGUAUCACUGCUUGUGUUCAUACACACGCUAAAAGUGAACUUUUAGUGUGUGUGUGUGUGUGUGUGUGUGUGUGUGUGUGUGUGUGUGUGUGUGUGUUGUAAGCAGCCCACAGAGCUGCGGGUUUGUCACCAGGAUGUUUUUAGUUGCUUGUUUGAGAAUAAAACAGACCAGAGGA